AUGACUGGCCCGAUUUCUCGGCACCAAAUUUUGGACCAGACAGCCGUACCUUUGCUUAGGGCCGUGUACGAAUACGCGGAGAUGCCAAUUCCCUCCCAAUCGUCCAUUUUCCAUAUGGGCCUGGAGAUUGACAUCAAAGUUACGAGGCUUAUCUUUGAAAUGAAAGGUGCCGACGACCCACCGCCGUUCGAUCAAGUCCGUGAAGGAGGAUACGUCGUUGCUCUGUGGGCUCUCAUACGACUCCAUUUAUCUCUGCUGGAGAGAGCUCGCGAGCUCAACGAGCCCCAGUUUGAGGAAGUCUCGGUGAUCAGUUUGACCCGACUCAUCUCAAUCAUUGUGCAAAUCUCACGCCUGACCCAGCGUGCCCUGGACGAUGCAACGGUGCAUAUUCGUCAUCUACCUUUGAGCCUCUGCCCGGUCCUGUAUCUCUCAGUUAUCGCACACGGCCAUCUGCGGUCAGGGCAGAGCAAACAUGAUCAAUCCGUCAUCAAAGGGCUUCUUGUUGCGCUGCGUAAUAGAUGGAAGCUACCCGGACGGUAUCUUGAGCUCCUGGAUCAGCACGACGUCCCGAGAUAUGACCGCGCGUUAGACAAUUAA